UAAACGGUUCCGCAAACAGAAACGUGUGUAGCCUUGACACACCUAAGCUAGAUCGAAGGCCACGGCCUGGGCAGUGGGCUGAUCAAGCAAGGAGCUGUCAGCCAUGGGCUAUUGUGAAAUGUCAGAAGUGUAAAAGUAGUUUGCACAGUGAAGGGAAUGUAAUUUUUAAACAUGAGUGAUAGAACAAAACCAGUAUUAUCCCUGGUUUUCGAGUCAGAAGAACAGUUGCAGAAAUCACUGGAAAACAAUGUUGCAAUUAUACAUCGCCAGUGUCGAGAGAUAGAAGAGCUGAAACAUGAAUUGGAUGCUGUUACUACAGAACGUGAUAUGUUGUUAUGUGAAGUUAGCAAAUUAAAAUUCGAAAUGGAGAUAGCAGAUUUGAAGAGACUUCAUGAUGGAUGUUUGGGUGACGUCUUGGAAAGUCAGAGUGUAAUACAACUCCAGAUGAACGGAGAACUUGUUGCUGUGAGAGAUAGCUAUCCCAAAACAUCAGAGCGGUCCCCAUGUGGCCUUGGAAAUUCACAUUUGUCCGGCAGGGGACAGGGACUUCACAAGAAAGGUUCCAUUCGAGAAAGUGGAGAUGUACUCAAAAGAUCUCGAGUCCAAACUGCGUAUGAACUCUCACAAGAUUUGUUAGAAAAACAAAUUGAGAUGCUGGAGCGCAAGUAUGGCGGCGUGAAGGCUCGUAAUGCAGCUCUCACAAUCCAGAGGGCAUUCCGUCGCUACACAUUGCUCAAGAAAUUUGCUGCAAUUACUGCAAUGGCUAAAGCUGAGAAGCGACUCAGCCGGAGAUUACACGCAUCACACGAGGUUUGCGAUCGAUAUGUUGACAGUGAACUGAUUAUCAGAAACAAUUUUGCAGGAUUGUAUCAAGAGUUAUGGCAGAAUUGUUCCCCACAGUCUCAUGUUACUACCCGCCCUCUGCCACUACGCUCCAUGUCGAUGCGAGAACGGCGCAACAUCGACAGUAUCCCUCUACCACGGAGUCAGUCUAGUCGCUGUGAUAUGGCUCAUGUCAGUGUCCAGUUGGAUUACUACACCCCCACAUCACUGGCACCAUGCCCUUCCUAUAAUGGCCCAAAACACUUCUGGGACACAACACACUACUACAUGCCGCAGGAAGCAUUCUCAGAAAGCGGCGAGUUUGGACAUGACACUGCUUUGAAUCGAGAUUCAUCACUACGUCAAACCAUCGCCACAUCACCGCUUCAUCAGAAUCAUGCAUCUUGGAGUAGACAGGAUAGUUGGACACCAAAAUCAGGAACCCCACCACAGCGACCGUGGUGUCAAGGCCAGAAAGUACCACCAGAGGUGCCAAAAAGAACUUCAUCCAUCUCUUCCCGAUCAACUGAAACGAGAUCUUUACGGGCCAACGGGCUGAAUAAGACGAGAGAAAAUGGGAGUUUAUCUAGUGUUCAGUCUUCAGGAAGUGAUAGCAGCCUUUCUACUGACAGAGUUACGUGUGACAAUUUAGAAGACAGUAACCACAGAUGUUCUCCUAUAUGGAAACGUAAAGGCCAGUCAAGCUCACCUGAUCAUCAAGAAGUGUCAUCAGAACCUUCUACUAAAGAACUGAGCCGGUCACAUACAAGUGCAGCUUAUCAGCUUCCACCACAGGAUCAUGUAGAAGCCCAGGGACAGCACACUAUGUUUAAGGUUUCAGAGACGGUGAGGAAACGUCAGUACAGAGUGGGUCUCAAUCUCUUCAAUAAGAAACCAGAAAGGGGAAUUGCCUACCUCAUUCGUCGUGGCUUUCUUGAAAACUCGCCCCAGGGAGUCGCCAGGUUCCUUAUAUCUAGAAAAGGACUGAGUAAGCAGAUGAUUGGGGAAUACUUAGGAAACUUACAGAGUCCUUUCAACAUGGCUGUACUUGAAUGUUUCUCUCAAGAGUUGGACCUGUCAGGAAUGCAGGUGGAUGUAGCACUGCGCAAGUUUCAGACCUACUUUCGAAUGCCAGGGGAGGCACAGAAGAUUGAGAGACUGAUGGAAGUGUUUGGUCAGCGUUAUUGUCAGUGUGAUCGAGAUGUGGUUGCAGGGUUUCGCAGUCCAGACACCGUGUUUGUCCUGGCCUUUGCCAUAAUAAUGCUAAACACAGACCUCCAUACACCAAAUUUAAAACCUGAGAGGCGUAUGAAAUUGGAGGAUUUCAUUAAAAAUCUUCGAGGUAUUGAUGACGGAGCAGAUAUAGACCGUGAUAUACUCGUUGGAAUAUAUGAAAGAAUAAAAGCCAAUGAAUUUAAACCUGGGUCUGAUCAUGUUACUCAAGUUAUGAAGGUUCAAUCAACAAUUGUUGGGAAAAAACCGAACAUGGCACUUCCUCAUCGACGACUGGUAUGCUACUGUCGCCUGUAUGAAAUUCCUGACAUUUAUAAGAAGGAGCGGCCUGGGGUUCAUCAAAGAGAAGUGUUUCUGUUCAAUGAUCUUCUGGUUAUUACAAAAAUCUUAAGCAAAAAGAAAAAUUCUGUAACAUACACAUUUCGGCAGAGCUUUCCUCUUUGUGGGAUGAUAGUCACUCUAUUUGAAGUUCCAUAUUACCAGUAUGGUAUCAGAUUGUCACAACGAGUGGAUAACAAAGUUUUGGUGACAUUUAAUGCACGUAACGAGCACGAUCGUUGUAAAUUUGCCGAAGAUCUGCGAGAAUCAAUCAGUGAAAUGGACGAGAUGGAAAACCUACGCAUCGAUGCUGAACUUGAACGUCAAAAAAGUAGCCGUGGGGGUCGCGGUAGUGCAGAAAACAGAGACAGUGGAGUAGCAGAUGUGGAGGUGUGUCCGUGUGUACAAUCGGGGCUGGGGGGCUGUGACACUGAUGGUUAUCCGGAGGGCGACAGGGAACGUCAUGUACCUGACACUGUGCUCAAGAGAUCUGCUCUCAGCAACUCUCUUCUAGACAUUCAUGAGCAGUGUGAUAAACCACAGCGGAGAGGAAGUAUGGGAUCUCUGGACAGUGGGAUGUCCAUUUCAUUCCAGUCCAUAUCUGCCAGCACUGUUAGUCACGACUCAUCACCUCAGAAUGUACAAUCACUUUCAAAUGCUAAAGGAACCAAGCAGAUGAUUCAUCAGCAGUCCUUCCUUGGAGGUUUGUUUGCCAAGAGAGAACGCAAAGUUUCUCGUGCGGAAGAGCCCAACCCUUUCAGUCGCAGUACAGAUGUAUAGUAAUGCAGACACAUUCACAAAGAGAUGAAUAUUAAUAAAUUUUAAAUUGAAAGUAUCUAAUUUUCUAACAUUUUUUGUCUUCAGUAAAUUUCAACCUUUCUUAACCAUUUCAUGGCUGAUAUUGAGAAAGUCUAAUAUAAUGAGAAGCGAGUCCUGAUAUUACUGGUUCUUUUCACUACAUAUUACCUUAUGUUUGUUGUCUGAUAUUUUUCAUCCCUUUGUUUUAUUGUAUAAUUUGAUAUUUAAAUAAAUUUCCAGUUCUUUGUACAUUAAUACUUAUCUUGUGUGUGUGUGUGUGUGAAGUCACGAAUGAAAUCUAAUUAUUCUUCCAAAAUAUUCAAAGGAGGAUUGUUUGGCAUUUUGACUUAAUUGUUAUUUAUUACACAUGAAAUGUGAGACUGUGUAAAAACCUACUUUUAGUGUUCAAAUGUAAUUAACGAGAAGUUUGCUUACUAAAGCUAUAUUCUAAGUAUCAUGUAACUAAAUAGUAAUUUAAUUAGUUGAACAUAAUAGUAAUGACACCAUAAGAUCUGAUUAACCAGAACCUAAUUCAUUGAAACUAAUAUAUUAAUAACACCUACAUGUACACAAAUAAUAAAGUGCAUUCCUACAUGCAUUUAUAUGAUUUAUCAAUUGAUUUUUGUUUGUUUGCAUGAUUCCUAUUUAAAUGGUACAGUUACAGAAUAACAGAAAAGAAACUUGUUUGGACCAGUGGUAAGUUGCAAGAAUGUGUGUGACUAUUGUAUGUAUGAAAUAUAUUAUAUACAAGCACAAAUGCUCAUAAAUAAGUUUAUUAUGUGAAUAAUUGGCUUAUACUAUUUAAAUAUUUGCAUUGAUAUAAAGUAACCAUUUCCUAGAUAACAUUGCAAACUUCUGAUGCACUUUUCAUUGCAGGGAAAUAUAAUAUGGCUUUAUACAGUGAAAUGCCAGUGCAGUGAACUUUAGCAGAGUUAGAAAUGUAAUUAUAAUGAAAAUUAAUUGAAAGAAAAAUUAGUGAACAUGUUGAAUACAUACAUAAAAUCUAAAAGGAUAAAAGAAGCAGGCAUUGCCACAUAUAAAUAAGGUGUUUUAAGCUCUUAAAAAACUACUUUUAGUCUCAAACCACAAGUCACUGGAUUACACCUUCAGAUGAAAUUCUAACAUCAUCAAUGUGAAAUUGUAGGCUUAGUAUGUGCCCCUGUAUUUGGUGCCUAGUAUUGCCCUGAUAUAUAUAUACACAUAUACCCACAUUUAGUUUGGUUAUUGAUUCUGUACAUUGUUCUGUUUUCAUCUUUUAGUUGCCACUGUUUCAGUUCUGACCCAAAGAUAUUCAGAGGGGGAUGGGCAUGGACUGGAAGGGUAAAAUAAAAAAUGUUCUUUUAAAUAUUUAAAACAAAUUACUUUUGUUUUCUAAUGUAUGCAUUCAAAUAAUCUUGGUACAUAAGUUCCUUAUUCUUUAAGUUAAUAACAGAAAAAUAUUGGUUAUUCUUUGAACUGUGUCACUACUUGAAAUAACCAAUUUUUUUAUCCUUUAGUUUUCUGAAUCAGACUUGAAUUUGAAGAUGGCUGUCUUCUGGGUUCUAUUGCCUUGUAGUCUGGUUGAAGUUUGCCAACGUUUCAGAGGUCCUUGCUGUCACCAUCAUCACGGUGAUCUACUAGCCUACAUGGCACUAGAACUGAGAAGACAGCCAUCUUAAUAUUCACUGCUAUAAGAACUUCAUUUAAAACUUGAAUAUAUGUUGCUGCAAAGGAAUUUAUCUUUCAGUCUACAUUCAAGAUUUGGUUUUAAUGUACACAUUAUUUCAUAUACUUCUCAUUUUCUAGUAACAAUACAUUUUGUGUUAGAAUGUGUAUGUACAUCUGAACAGUGGUAUCUGCCUUGUUAUCAGAACAUUUUCAUACUCUUAUUUCCAGGAAUGCGAAACAGUUUUUAGUUGUUGUUAUAAUUAGAAAAUCUCAAAAAUAUUUUUAGAAUAAAAUUUUCCACAUUGAAUAAUGAUAAUUUACACGUAUUUAUAGCAGAUGUAUGUAUUUCCUGACAGUUUCAGUUACAUUUAAAAAGUGACAUUCAUAGUGGUUAGGAAGAUUAUAAAAAUAUAGUUUCUUUAAUGUUUUCUGUAUCGUUAUAACAUACUGUUAUUUAUUAUCUAGUCUGAAUGACAUGGAAUUUUAAUACUUCUGUUUACAUUUUAGGUAUAUAAUAAUAAAAGAAAUAAUGAUUUAAUGUGUAUAUUAUAUGAUUUAUUAAUCUAAAAACACACUAUACACAAUUGAUUUAAUUUGUAGUCUUUAAUUAAUUUAUAUGCAGAUCUGCAUUUCAGAAAUUGUACACAGUAGAAAUAUUGAAUAACACAAUAUUGAUAAAUGAUUUUCCAUUCCAACAUGGGUUAUCCAUUUGAACAAAAGCAAGAAAUUAGUAUAUGAAAUACAUACCUGUUUGAAGAAGAAAUAUUGACAGGUGUGCUUGGCCUUUCUGUCAUGUGUUACAUCACGCAGAAAGCACACACAAAAGUAAACAGAUCAUUGUAUACCAUGAUAACUGAAUGAGCAUUGAAACAUAAUGUAAGCUUGUAUAUUUUUCCAUGGGUAAGUUUUGUAUGGUAGUAUUUCCAGACCUAUCAUUUCUGCAUUAGCAACUCACUUCCUUUUAUGUUAGCAUUUCACUGUAUGUAUGAAUGUGCAAGGUAUCUUGUGAGGUUGUUCUAGGAAUGCGUUCUAAUGUGACAGGGCUUCAUUGUGUAAGUUGUGGCCUCCUGUUACAAAUUAUAUGUAUCAGUGAGAAACUACAGAUGAUGGCUCAUUUUUUAUAUACUUCAUUUAGUUACCAUAUAUAACGCUUUCAGAUUCCAUUAGCCUCUUAUUACAACACCCAGUACCUUCAACUGCUUUUGGCUUGUUUGGGAAGUAAUCAGCAAACUUUAUACUGGAAGGUCAGCAUAAUCUAGCUGGUGAUUGUAAUUUGUUUGAGGCAGUGGAUUAAUGAAAUCAGUUGUUUAUGUACUAGUAUGUGUAAUUUAUAUGUAUGGAAAAUUUGAGACUGGUAUUUUGUAGCAAGAUUUCUUUCUUAUCCUUUGUAAUUUUUACGCAGGAUAUUGUUAAAUUGUUAAAAUAUUUUUUUUAGCUUCUCAUACCUUUAAUAGAAUACAGCUGUAAAACCUGGAUUGUCUGCACAGUGACUGGAAGAUUGUAUCAUUGACGUGGAAUGCACUGUUUCCUCUCUUUCUAAUAUAAUUAGGUGUGUCCACAUUAUGUAUUUACUGAAACUGAAGUUCCUACCUCACCAAAGGAGGCUGGUGUAUAAAGAAACAUGCAUGUACAGUCCCUUUAAAAUGAAUAUUAAUCAGUGUACUACAUGGAAUUUCAAAAUGAUAAUAAUUGUUACAACAUUUUAUGUCUCACAUUUAUUACUGAAAAUUCUGUUUUAAAUUUUUUGUCAAUGGCAUUUACCUCUCUUGAAAUUGGUUUAAUUAAAGUAGACAUUUGUAACAACAUUGAUGCUACAUGAUCAGUGAAGCAUUAUGCAACCUAACAUACAUGUUAACACUUCCUGUACUGUCAGUGGACUGAUUCAUUUAUGACUUGCAUCUCUUUAACAUAAAAUAGAGUGAAGACUCAACAGAGGACUGUUUGAUUGAAAGAAAAAGUCUAAUAUUCAUUCUUUUGAUGAUAUGUCUGUGGUGCAUGAUGGUGUGUCAGUACUUUGCUUGAACCGUUUUAUCGAGUGCUGCACCUUCUUAGCAUAAUGCAGACAAAAUAAUUUAAAAUAUCACUGUUCAUUUGCAAGAAAAGAAUUAGAAUUUAUUUAAUAAUAUGUUAGUAUGGCUGCAUGUUGGUAAUAUUCAUUAACCAUUUCAUUGUGUGGUGUGCAUCUCUUUAACGUAAAUAUAAUAAAGAAACUUAGCAGAGGGCUGUUCACAUGCAAGAAGAAACAGCAUUGCAAGGAUUAAAGGAAUGGAAACCACAUCAGUUAUAAUGGCUCAGAAGCACUGAAAAGUGAUGUAUACAUAACCUGUGGAUUUAUUACAAAUUAUCACAAAUUUUGGUGUCAUACUUUCUCUUAAUAGGUUCUUCCGUAUUGUCACUUGCUCCUUUUCACCUCAAUUUAAACCUGAUUACUUUACUUUUGAGUCCAUCUGCAUUCUAAAUCUGAGCUCUGAUAAACAUGCUGCAUUUGUAAGUGUGUAAUGUAUCACUCUUCAUCAUCUUUACGCUUGGUGAUUCACCAGUCCUUGUGAUCCAGCUCCUCAGGUUGUAUUUUUUGUUGAGUUUGCACCUCAGUUGGAUACUAUAUUGACGCCCGUCAAUAUGAUUGACCUGACUCAGCCUUGUCACACAGCAGCCCAUGUCAACUGUGAUGUUGGUUGCUAUUCCAAGCUGGAUAUUCUUCACCACAGAAACCACAUGUUCAUUCAAUCACUGCCAGCUUGUUCACCUCCAUCAUUUAGGUAUGGAAUCAAAUCCGUUCUAGUCUUCCUUGUCUUGAACAUACUCAUGGUGCAGAAACACACCUGCACUCUACUAUAUCUGUAAUUUAACUUCCCAUUUAUCUUGCUGGUAUAAUUACUGUUUGGCUUAACAUUUGUGGCACCAGAGUUUCAACAGUUUGAAGAUGGCUGUAUUCUGGGUUGUUGUGACAUGUAGUCUGGUAGGAGUUUACUGAUAUUUCAGAGUAUUUUUAUUUUAUUAAAUAUAUUGGAAACUUUAAUUGUGUUUAUAUGGUCAAUAUUCAUAGUAAUAUUAAUAAUACUGGUAUACAUUUCAUAUUGGUAACUAAAAUGCUCGAAGGGAACUAAGUUGUUUUUAAAUUACGUUUAAAUUAAUUGUUUAUUACGUUCUGUUAUUUUAGUGUUUUUUAACAUUUCAUUUGUUCAAUAUGAUGUGUAUUUUCAAAGAAUUUUUGAAUUUGAAUAAUCAUGUGCCUGUAGUUUAAUUAUACCUCUGAGGCAUCUACAUGAUUAACAGUUUCUUUUACAAACUCUUUAAAAAAUCUAAUAAAUUUAAAAGAUUUUACAUAAAUAAUCCAGAGAGGAAUGUGUCUAUUCUAAACUAUGUCUUAGAACAGUUGUCUAUAGGGCCCUAUGAGUACAUUAUAUGGUCUGUAUUAGGCCUAAAAAUUAAAUAUUGAACGUUUUGCAUGAAGUGUGUAACAUUUAUCCUUUUUAAAGGCUAAUAAUUAGUGUAAAAUACUAAUAUUUACCAGUGCAUCCAAAUAACUGGCAUUUUGAGUUUAUAAGCCAGGAAAAUUAUAAUUUAAAUCUUGAAGUAGGCCUAUAGGUGUUUCAGAGAGAUAAUCUGAUGUGUCAAAACAAUGUAGUCAGUGUGAGAACCAUGUGAUCAUUUAAUACACCAGGUUUAAUUGGUACAUUAUCACAUUUCACUCAGUGAAAAAUUAAGAAUUGAAUAUUUCUACUCUGUUAUGAAAUGGGUGUUUUGAAUAUAAGAUACACUUUAUAGGAGGACUUACAUAAUCAUUAUGAUUUCAAUAACAUUCAUUUUGAAUUGCUAAUAUUUUUGUUAUAUAGGUUUAAAGGUAUGCCUUUUAGACGUGUUUGUGUUUACUAGUUCCAAAUAACAUCAUAUUUGCACAUUGAUUAUACCCACAUAUGGUACUAUUCAUUGUCAAUGGGCAUUAUGGUGCAUGUGAAAUUCCCAUUACACUUCUGCAAAUUUACAUCAUCGUAAAAUGUUUCUUCUAAAUAAUUACUGUGUUCUUUUUCAGUUUUAGGAAUGUUUGUCUAUCUUAAGAAAAACGUGGUGCAUCCUCCUUUCUAUAAUUUUCUUGAAAGAAAAGUUUUGCAUUACUAAUUGAAAGGAAUAGCAGUAGAUGAUAUCUGGUUAAUUUUGUUUUUCAGAAAAUUAUGCCAGGGUCAUAUAAGAGCAUUAUUUCAGAGAAAAGCAGGUAGGAAGCCUUGUAAAUUAAUUGCAUGUGCAGUGUACUGUUGCAUUCCAGAAGGAAUGCUAAUGAAUUACCCAUGCACAGCGUUGUUCACACCAAUUAUGCCUGGCCCAUUAUUUAGGUAACCAGUUAUCAUGAAGGAAGUGAAUUACUGCCAUGGACUGAAGGUAGAUCUUCCGCAGCAGUUAAGCUCGUUUUCAUUCCAAUAACAGAUGUGCAUUUAACUCAUUUUUAGUGUAAUUUAUUGAGUAUAAUUUUUGCCCUUUUUAUAGGCUGGAAUGUGUAAAGUUAAAUUUCAUAGAUUUGUUUUUCUAUAAAGGAUUAAAAUGACCUGUUUAAAGCAAUCAGUUCCUUUUUUAGCGUGCUUUAAUCAUAACUGCUUCAUACAAUCCUACAGAAUUCUUUAUUAUGUAAACAGUUGUUUGUAAAAUUCUUGUUUGUUUCAUGAGCUCCAAAGUUUAUGAAAGUGUUUAAUUUUUGGCAAACAAAAUUUAUUCUUUAAAACAUAUUCCUCAUCAUUUUUUAAACAUUAAUAAAUUACAAAAAUAAUUUCAUGGUCACAUUUAAAACAUAAUUAAAAUAUUUGCAGUUUUUGUGUGAGAUAAAGGUUGGAAAAUACAGGUAUGUCAAGAGGUUAUAUAAUAUUCAUGAAGUGAAUAAUCUGUCUGCUCAGUCAUUAUGAUGGUCAGAAUUUUUGGUUCAUAUGUUGUAAAAUGUAUAAACCACAUUUCACACAGAUGUAAUUUAUUUGUUACCUUGAGUAAAUUUUUAUCACGAGUAAGAUUUUAUACUUGAAUGAUACAGAGCUACACCGAGGUUGCUGAAACAUUCUGUACGGGACCAGAUCUAUGUGAAUAGAUCCCAAAACCUAUUUUACACAUGCUUAUUUAAUGACUGUCUUUCAUUCAUAUGUCAUAAAUAUAAAUGUCAUUUGAUUUUUGCAUAUGUACUGGCUGUCUUCCUUUACAAACAAUUACAGAUAUAUUGUGAACAUGCAACAUGUCAUAUAGUCUGAACAGUUAGUAAGAAGGAAAUGUUGAUUUAGUCUGACUAGUAUUCUGCUGAAGUCAAAUAAAAUUUUGAUAAAUUCUCUUUGUAAAAUUCAGCAACUUCACUAAGGAAACCGUGUGUGUAAUUUCAGACAGGGAUAAGAUCUCCUACUAGUAUAAAUAAAUAUACAGUUGAAAUAACAAAUGUAGGAAAUUGAGAUUUAAUAAUUGAAAUAGUUCAUACAUGUUUGCAUUAAAUUUAAUAUACAUGUGUGAACGCAUUAAAAGAUGGAAAAAUGCAUCAUGUAAGAGUAACAAUUUGAGUGCAGCUUCACAAACAAAGCAAAUCUUUUUUAAUGAAAGCACAGUAGUAUGUGGUUCUGUUUACAUCUAUAUGUUUAAAUUUGUAACUCAUCACAUCUGAGUGUUAUAUUUAAAGAUGAAACUUCAACAUAAUAUUUUGAUAUGAUUUAUGUAAUUUUAGAAAAGUAAAUGUGCAGUUAUCAGAUAUUUUAUCUUUCUGGUACCUUACCACAUAAAUGAAGUCAUGCAGGUGUGUCACAAUUUAUAUGGUAUAUGGUUAAAUUUAAUUUUUUGCUUCAUACCUUACAUUUUUGUUUUCUUUGCACAACAAAUUUCUGCGAUUCUUAUACAAAGGUUUAUAAUAUGUGGAAUGAUAAUUUUGUUGAAUGCAUGUGUAAACAUCCCUUAUAAUGUAGGUGAACAAUGAGAUUCUGGUUAUGGAAGCAUAUAGAAAUGUUCAUUUUGAGUGCUGACUAUAAACAAAAUGAUCUUACCUAGUCAUAAAUGAAUAAUGAUGCUAAUAAACUAUGUCAUGUAAAUGUU